AAGAAGGAGGCGUACCACUUGGCGAAGACUGCUCGAGGAUGGUCGCCGGAGGACAGCAGCAGCUGGAAGGAUGUGUGCCCAGAGGAGAAGGCUUCCGGUAGCGAGUCGCGAGCGGAUGUGUGGCGGAAGGCCGUAGCAGCCCGCGGAUGGACCCCCGAGGAAGGGUCAACCUGGCCCGACGAAGAAGACGAGGAGCCCGAGAGCAGCGAAGAGGGCAGUGGCCAGACGGAUUCAAGCACUGCUCAUUCCACAAUCUCUAUGCUUUUGAACAUCUUCUCUUCGCCGGUGUCGGAGCAAGAAGAAGAGCAGCCGCCUCCUUCGCCGGAGCUUGAGGAGCUUCGUCGGGCGGUGCUAGCAGCUGAGGCUCUUUCGUCGGGCCAGAACUCGGAGCUCUUGGAACACGUGCGGGCAAAACUGGAAGAGCUCGAAGCCGAGCUCGCGCGUGAUGUCAAGGUGCACAUCGUCAACGGCAUGAGUGGCGAGCUCGCGGCCGUGGUGCGUGCGCGGCCUGGCGACACGGCUUUCCGUCUCAAAGAAGCGAUCCUGUCCGAGGGCCUCGUGAACUCCGAGGAGGACGGGCUGUGCUCCAUCAACUUCCUGCAUGGUGGCCACUUCAUGGACGAGUCCAAGACCCUCGCCGAGGCCGGCAUCCGCGACGGUGACCAGGUCCAGCUUGUUCGCAGUCCUCUGCGAUGCCUCACCGCGUCCUUGGAUGGCACCGUUCGCCUUUGGCAGCUGGACUCCAAG